AUUUUGAUCGCGGUAAGAGCUGCCAAGUCAUGCGAGGGACUGGGUCAGACGUGGAGACGCCAUAUUGGAGACCGCCAUCAUGGAGGUGUUUUUGAUGGUGCGUCGAUUGAAGUUGAGUAUAUUCCUCGACUGUAAGGAGGGAACGACAGUGAUGGAGUUGAAGAAAAAAAUCGAAGGAAUUAUAAAGAGGCCGCCGGAGGACCAAAAACUUUUUAAGGAUGAUCAACUGCUAGAUGAUAACAAGACUCUAGGAGAUUGUGGUUUCACUAAUCAGACUGCCAAGGCACAGACACCGGCUUUAGUAGGACUCGCUUUACGUCGGGAGGACGAUGGAGAAUUUGAGCCGGUGACUAUCGAUGCGUUGUCAAGCCCCCCAGAGCUCCCUGACGUUAUGAAACCCCAGGAGGGAAUUUCAAACAGCGAUGGAUCCUAGGCAGUCGUUACUGAAUGUAUUAUGUGUUUAAGGCCUAGCUCCAUUGAUCACACCUGACAGAAUUAAAAAAUAACCUUCAGUGACUUAAGAAACCUGUUAGAACAAAUACGAAAUAAUGUAACAAUAGCAAGCACAACAAUUUCUAAACUUAUAUUACUUGUUGUCAAGACUAUUUUGUCCUCACAGUUUCGCAAAUUGUUAAGGUGUCCAUUUUCUAGUCAACUCUCCUGUUACAUCUUAUUUCAUUGUGGUAAAAAUAUAAAACAGGUCAGAAUGUAUUCAUAAUCAAAAUUACACAAGUUAUAGCAUAUUAAGAUUUUCUAAAGCAAAUGUGAUAUUAAUAAUAUUCUUUCCCUUGCCAUGAGUUAUUUUUUUUAAUAGCACACAGCCUAUAUAUGUAUAGGCUGAUAUUUUCAAAGGAUUUUAAAUGUCCUUUAUAAAUUGUAACCUCAUCAGCAAACACAUCCUUAUUAUGGUGUGCUAGUCCGACUGCACAAUUGUGGAAAAUUUAUUCUUAACUUACUACUUGUCAGCAAUUUUGUAUACUUCCACUAGCUGGAUUUUAUUUAAAACCAAGUCAAGCUUUUACUAACAUGUUUCCUGGUGCUGUGUUGACUUAUGCGUUUUUCUCUUAUCUAGUAUGUAGGUGUAGUGACUUGGUUGUAAAUAAAUGCUGCAAUGUCUUUUCA